UGAGAUUCCGCAUCUGAGAUGCCACGAUGCCGCCCAAGAAACCGCUUGUGUGGACGACAGUCGCCGCGCGAUUGGGUGUAAACGCUCCGCCCUCCAAGGUCCAUGUGCUUGCUACCGGGCGGCAAGGAGAGCCAAAGGAGUACGGCAAAGAGGAGGGCAGGGCGGGUAUGCACAAUGCGGCUGGUCAGCGGGAUGUGGCAGGCCUGUAGGCACCAUCACAGAGACCGAGUUGCCGGAAAUAGAAUCGCACUAAGCGCGUUUUUGUAGCCAGCGGGCGUUCCACGGCCAAAGAAGCAGACCGCUGGAGGCUCUCGUGAGGGGGGGGGGCGCUGCCUGC